UUCCGGCGAGCGGCCGGGGGAGGGGGAGGGGGAGUGAAGACUCGGCGCCGCUGACAGACGCGGCUCCGGCGGGAUUCUCCAUCCACCGCCACCGCGACGGUGACAACCCUGGCGCUCCUACCGCCCGCCAGCCGACAGGGCCGCGAUUAAACCCCGGCGUCCGCUUACCGCACCGAGGUUUAUUCCCGCCGAAGCGCGUUGGAGUCCGCGAAGAGGGUGCAGAGCCUAUGGAUUGGUUAAUGGGGAAGACUGCAAAGUCAAAGCCAGACGAUAAACUGCCUGUGACUGAGGAGAAGAAAUUGUAUUUGGAUGCAGAGUAUAGCUCGGCCAGGGUGUCUGAUGUUGACUUGCCUCUGCUGGUUUCUCUGCCCAGUGAAAUUGACCAGAAUGAGUGGUUGGCAAACAACACGAUGACAUUUUUCAAUCACAUAAACCUGCAGUACAGUGCCGUCUCUGAGUUCUGCACAGCGGAGACCUGCCCGGCGAUGAAUGCCUGUAACACUCAGUACUUCUGGACAGAUGAGCGGGGGAAGAAGAUAAAGUGUACCGCACCGCAGUAUAUUGACCUAGUAAUGACUCACAUCCAAAAACUACUGACUGAUGAGGAAAUCUUCCCUACCAAGUAUGGUAAAGAGUUCCCGAGUACCUUUGAGUCGCUGGUUCAGAAGAUCUGUCGCUACCUGUUCCAUGUUGUCGCCCACAUCUACUGCGCCCACUUCAAAGAGGUGGUGGCCCUGGAACUGCACCCGCACCUCAACACUUUGUACACGCACUUUCUCAUCUUUGUCAGGGAGUUCAAUCUCGUCGACCCCAAGGAGACGGCUGUGAUGAGGGACUUAACGGAUGUUCUCCUGAGCGGUGUGCCUCAGCCCCAGAACCACGUCAACCACAGAUGAGCCCAUGGCCGCUGCACAUCCUGGGUGUUAGAAAUAUUUUCUUUAGUGGAAAGAAUAAUAACUUCAACGAUCAUGUUGCCCAUGGCAAUGCUGAAGUAGAACGUGACCAACAAAUCAGUAAAUCCAACUGGCCCAAAAAUGGUGGCCACGUUGAACCCGCCCUGGAGUAAGUACUACAGUUAUCCCCUCUAACAGCCUCGCUGAAUGCCAUCUUUGUCGAACAAUAUUAAGCUCCAGGUAGAGCUAUUUGGCCCCUCUAAUACUCGCCACCACUCCACCCCUUUAACUAACCCAGAGCGUGUGUGUGUGCGAUGAGAUCCCUCGCCUCUGCAGAAGAAUGCCACAACUCGCUUGCUGCCAGUUCUGAACGUUGCCAGCACUCGUGAACGAACUGGCGUUGCUCCAUGCCAACGGCGAAGCCUCCAGUUUCUUUAAACUGGAUCUUCCGUGCCCAGAGGGUGGCACAGCUGGUGCAGAUCUGCGGGCAGAGCAAAUGCAAGUGGUGAGAUCCCUUGGGUGACGGGGCGGAAUGAAUAUAAACACUUCCGUUGUAUAGGUGUGGGUUUUUUUUUUGUUCUUAGUAGUUCUGAGUUCCUGGGGUAAUGUUCAGAGCCGAGCUGGAGGCAGCUUCUGCUUAAAGGGGCACGCUGCUAUUCCUGCCCCUUCCUCUUUUUAUUCCUUAUAUAUCAUUUUUUGGUGCCAUCAUGUGAGCUCUUUCAAUGAAAAUCUAGAUUCUAGAGUAACAGAUCAGAGGUUUCUUCCCAUGGCUUGUUUUAUUUCCUGCAUGUAAUCUUUCCGAGCUAUCCACUGGUCUACCACUAUUGGUCAUGGAACCU